AUUUCCACUUUCACUACUCUAGCCACUGUUUUUCUAAGUCACUGUCAGACAAAAUACAUAAUAAUCGGGGAAUUAUUUUCUAAGCGGAAUAAAACUUCCUACCGUAGUUGUACUACAGUGAUAUUGGGCAGUGAGGUUCUAAAUAUAGUGAAAAUUAGUUUUUAAAAGUUUAACAUGUCUAGAAAUCCGAGAUCGGGUAAAAAAACUAAUUUGUCUCAGUUUGGUCUCCUAGACAUACCCGAUAUAAAUGAUGAUGAUGACAACCUGGACCUAUCAGAUGAUGAUUUCGACUUGGAAGCAGAACUCGCAGCCAUCAGCGGUGGCCGAGCACAGAAGCCAAAGCCUAAGAAACCAGCACCAGUUCCUGUGGCUAACUUGGAUGCUAUGAUAGCGGAGAGCUUGAAGGAUGUGCCUUCUGAUGAUGAGGGGUCUGGAGACGACGACGACCCAGACUUACUAAACGAGCUCCAAGCCCUAUCAAUAGACGAUGACGAAGCACCCGCCCCACCGCCCCGGUCAUCUCGGCCUGCGCCCCCACCUCCCGGGGCUCCUCUGAGUACUGAUAGCAGCACUAUAAGCAUGUUGCAGGACAGGAUCACUAAUUAUACGGUCGCUGAGAAGAAUGCUAAGGCUAAUGGUGAAAGCAGUCGGGCUAGAAGGUUCGGUCGUGGCCUCAAAACGCUCCAAGACCUUCUUAAACAAGCAAAAGCAGGCAAACCGAUAAAGAAUGACGACAUUCCUCCACCAGUCAGUGGGAAGGCAGCUGAUCACCAGGAUCCUAUUCCCGAAGACCCAAAGCCACCUCCUCCGGUGGAGGUAGCUAGUCCACCUCCAGAGGAACCGCUGAUAGAUUUUAGUGCGCCAGAACCGAGCCCACCGGCUCCAAGUCCACCGAGCAUACCUGAGCCUACUACGGGAGAUGAUCAAAGGAAAAGGGAGUUGCAGUUAAUUUUACAGCGUCAAUCAGAAUUCAAAGCCGAGGCCCUAGCCGCAAAGAAACGUGGUGACAAAUUCCUAGCUCUCGGCUUCCUAAAGGUGACGAAACAGUUUGACACUGUCGUAGCAGCUCAUAAUAGUGGUGAAGUCAUGAAUAUGGAUGAACUGCCUACAGUGGCUAUGAUCACUGCGGCUUUGGAGCAGGAGAGGCUUCAGCAAGAUGGGGUGCAGAAUUCUGCAGCUCCAGAGCCCACAGAAGAUACGAGUGGUGGGGGAGGGGGGCUCAUCAUGGCGAAGACCCUGGGCGAAGGACUUCAUCAGAGACUUGAGGCUUUUAAAAAACAAGAAGCAAAAGCCAAAGAAGAGGGCAACUCCUCAAAAGCUCGUCGCAUGAACCGCAUCAUCAAGCAAUAUGCUGACGCCAUCAAACGUCACGAGGCGGGCCAGCCUGUCGCCGUCGACGAUUUGCCCGCCCCCGCUGGAUAUGGCCCCCUGCCCACUGCCGGGGGCCAAGCUUCGUCCCCCUCGACUCCCAGGGCCCCCGCCCCCGCGGCCCCCGCAGCUCCGGAGCCCGGCGCGGGGCCCGGCGCGGCGCAGGCGGCGCGGCGGGACCAAGUGUUAGCCUUGCUGUUCAAGAGGCAGAUGCAGUUUAAGGAAAUAGCUCUAGUGCAUAAGAAGAAAGGUGAAUUAGACACAGCAUUACAGUACCUUCGCACAGCUAAACGCUUCGACCCGCUCAUCGACGCGGCGCGGGCGGGCAGGCCGGUCGACCUUAGUAAUUUGCCCUCGCUGCCUAAAGCGAAACCUGCUAAAGCCACAUCCGACUCUCUACCGUCCUCAACAGCCGAAAGUUCUUCGAUCGACGAACCAUCAGGAUCCGACUGGGUAGAAGUUUCACCUCUAACGGGAACUUCCACUGAUGAUGCCCAUUCCAGUUUGUUAAACCAACUGGAAUCUCAAGCUAAGAUGGCGAAGGAAUUCAUGAGCCAUUGCAAAAGUAUGGGCCAUGUGGCUGAGUCCAAAAUGUACGAGAAGUUAUAUGAAAGGGUUAAAGAGGAUCUUGAUAUUGUUAGGGUGGCUACGCUCAACAACCGUGCCCUCCCAAGUUUCCACUACGUAACGCGAGAGUUCUCGGUAACGCAAUGCAAUACCGACCUUGGAGUGAACGAUUUAGAGUUGACAAUCGUUCGCGGCAUCGCAUACAAUGUGUCUAAAGAUAUGGAUACUUAUGUGAGGUUCGAGUUCCCUUUCCCACAGGAAGCACCCAUAUCAGACAGAACAGAGGGUAAAGACUCGAACAAUCCUGAAUACAACGCGGUAUCUCUCGCCAUCAACCGUUCGUCCCGGCCGUGUCUGCGAGUCUUCAAGCGUCACGGCAUCAAGUUAGAAGUAUGGAGCAAAGGCGGCUGGUUCCGCUCCGACUCCUUGCUGGGUACCGUCAACGUCAAGCUGGCGCCGCUGCAGGAAGCCGUCACUCUUCAUGAUUCAUUCCCGCUAAUCGACGGUCGUCGACCAGUGGGCGGGUCGUUGGAGAUCAAACUGCGCGUACGCACACCACUCUUACAACAAGAGGUCAAAACUACCAAACACCGCUGGCUUGUGUUAGACGAUGUUUAAAAUAUCAUCUGCCUAGCCUUUUCCCAACUAUGUUGGGGUCAGCUUCCAGUCUCACCGGAUGCAGCUGAGUAUAGUUAUCGGCACGGAUAAUGAGCUCUCGGCGGAAGAGUGGGGAUCACUUUGCUCACUGUACACUUAAGGCAAUAAACCAAUAAAUCACUUCUGCGCAAGUGAAGGUCAGGGCUCAAUAUCCUUGCCGAUGAUUAUACCAGUGUUUUACAAGGAGCGACUGCCUAUCUGACCUCCUCAACACAGUUACCCGGGCAACCUGAUACCCCUUGGUAAGACUGUGAUGUGAUUUGUAAAAUAUAACGAUGCGAUUAUGUAGGAAUGUUAAUAUAACAGUCGGUAAUGGGUAACUUGUGUUACUGUUGACCUAUAGAUAUAUGCUGUGGGUUUCAAUAAGCAAUCUAUCUAUUAAUUUGCUUACUAAAGAUGGAUUUUUUACAUUAGCCUCAUACUACUAAUGUCAAAUGCCUAUGUUUAGUAAGCAAAUCAAGAAACAGAUUGGUAAUUGAUAAUAUACUGUUUCCUGCACCCGGCUAAAAAGUAACUUGUAUAUUAUUCUGAUAUUUUAGUUGUAUUAAUUUUAAGUUUUAUCAAAAUCUGUUCGCGUGUGCAAGUUACAAUCAUACAAACCUGAAAGAUAUAAUAAUAUAAUUGUCAUCACAGUUACACAGUUUCGCAUUUAUUUAUUUUUACGAAUGAUUCCCAAAAUAUUAUAGCUCACAACACAAGCCGUGCAGGCAGAAUGGUACACAAUAAUGUAGCAAAGUGGUUUGUAGUAUAUUUCCGAAAUUUUGACAUAUACAUGGAUUUACCACGCGAAGUCGAUAUUUUAAACUAAAAUAUUGUAUGUACUUUUAAAAUGACAUUAACUUUUUAUUUUUAUAUUGAAAGAAAACUGCCUUUAUCUUUUUUAAAUGUCGACCUCAUGUUGUGAUUAUGAAAGAAAGAAAUAUUGUAAAAUAAAUAUUGCUAUUACAAUUACAGUGUAAUUUUUAUACAAUAAUAAUCUUCGAUGUACGGAAUAAAAAGUUUAGAAAAAAGUGCUUAAAUUAGGACAUUUGAUGCACUGGAAUGCAACCUAUAAUAUUUAAGUCACAUAAAUGUAAUAUAAGAAAAUCUCACUUGAAGCUCGCGUCCAAUCAUUUUUAAAAUUUUAACCAUGUCACAAAUUGAUUUGAAAUUGUCAAUAUAUUUUGAACCUUAGAGCUUGGAAACAAGGUUCUAAAUCAUUCGCGAGUAACAUAAUUAAAAUUGAUUAUAUUUUAUAAUAUCUAGUAAAUAUCUUUUAUUUCAAGUAAACAAAUUUUUACUACCAAUUCCAAAUAUAGGUACUUGAAGUUUUACAAAAUGUCUUCGGCUAUAAAUGAUUUUUUCAUAAUUUUGUAUAAUAAUAUAAUAAAAAAAUAUUUUGUUGUGCUGUCUAAAAGACCUCUGUACAGAAAUGUGCAGUGCCUGUGAAUUUGUAUCUAUUAAUAAUGUUAGUCCACUAUUAUUUUUGUAAUUGUACAUUAUGAAUAUAUUAUGUUGUAUGUUAAUAAUUGUAAUUAUUAAAGAUCUGGUUGAUCGUU